AUGGCGGACGUAGAUAUCAGGACUUUGGAGGACCAGAAUUCGAGCUGGAAACAGACGGGAAAGGAUCUUGGCUCAGGUGCGGCAGGUGGUAUCGCGCAGGUACUUUUGGGUCAACCAUUUGACAUCGUCAAAGUACGGCUUCAGACAACAAAUACCUAUCCGUCAGCUCUCUCAUGCGCCACUUCGAUCUUCCGCAAUGAAGGACCACUAGCUUUUUACAAGGGCACACUUACUCCUUUGAUCGGUAUAGGCGCGUGCGUGUCUGUACAAUUCGGAGGGUUUCAUUAUGCUCGUCGAGCAUUUGAAGAGCGAAAUUUGAAGUCACAUGGAAAGCCAGGACUGUCCUACUCACAAUAUUAUGCAGCCGGCGCGUUCGCUGGUAUCACUAAUACAGUUCUAUCGAGUCCAAUCGAGCACGUAAGGAUUAGAUUACAAGCACAGCCACAUGGGCCAGGAAAGCUAUACAAUGGACCUCUAGACUGUGUACAGAAGCUAUCUGCACACGGGGGUCUCCUGAAAGGCCUCUACCGUGGCACAGCCGUCACGUUCCUGAGAGAAGCACAAGCCUACGGUGUCUGGUUUCUGACAUUCGAGUACCUGAUGAACGCAGACGCCGCACGAAACAAUAUUUCCAGGUCGGAAAUAUCAACGCCAAAGAUUGCCCUGUACGGAGGUCUUGCAGGUGAAAUGCUCUGGAUCUCCUCAUAUCCGUUCGACGUAAUUAAGUCGAAGAUGCAGACUGACGGAUUCGGAACGGAACAAAGAUAUAAGACGAUGAGAGAUGCGUUUGCACAGACAUGGGCGACUGGAGGAAUGAGAGGGUUCUGGAGAGGUAUUGUACCAACACUUGUCAGAGCUAUGCCUGUAUCGGCUGGCACAUUCGCGGUGGCGGAGUUGACGAUGAGAGCGAUGAGCUAG